AUGGUCACUGAACUCGGACGUGCAGAAGUUGCAGCUGAACGUGAUGCACUGCGAGCGAAACGCUGUCAUUCAUGUCCGAGAAGUGACCCGCACUGCCCACGCGCCCGUUUCGGCCUCACAAUGCAUUCUAGCAAACAACCGACGGUCUUGUUGCUCGUCAGAACCAUACCACUUACGCUACUUUUCUAUUGUUUCUCCAUCUCGCUCACGUUCUUCAACAAUCGCUGCAUUAAAGUAUUUCCGUAUCCUCUGUCAAUAACAUUUUUACAUAUGUGCUCGAAGUUUAUACUCGCUUGGCUUAUUCGUGAAUGGUGUCGCUGGUAUAAUCGGACUCAGCGUUUCGAAUUGCCUUGGUCUAAAUAUGUGAAAACGGUUGCCAUCGCAGGUACAUCAAGCGCUUUGGACAUCGGUUUUUCUAAUUGGAGUUUUGAAUUUAUCACCAUUUCUUUGUACACCAUGACGAAAUCAACCAGUAUUGUUUUCAUUCUCAUGUUUUCCAUCCUGUUCCGUUUGGAAAGAAAGCGGGCGUCACUCGUCUUGGUGGUGUUUCUUAUUUCCUGCGGCUUGAUUCUGUUUUCAUAUGAGUCCGCACAAUUCAAUAUGAUCGGUUUCCUCUUGGUAAUGCUUGCUUCAUUCCUGAGCGGUAUUCGCUGGACCACAACACAGCUUCUAGCCCAGAAAAAGGAGUGGGGUCUUUCCCAUCCCAUAAACUUCAUCUAUCACACCCAGCCGUGGAUGGCGCUUGCAAUUCUCCCCUUAUCUUUAUGCAUCGAGGGUUCCCAAUUGGUCAGUUCGAAAGACCUUUUUCGGACCACUGAGUACAGUCAACUGCUUUUGGAUCUACUGUACAUAAGUCUUGGCGGCUUACUGGCGUUUGGCUUGGAGUGCUCUGAGUACCUGGUCGUCAGCACAGCGUCCAGUUUAACCUUGUCCAUUGCCGGUAUUCUCAAGGAAGUUUGUACCCUGUAUUUGGCCGCAACCUUCAACGGUGAUCAAAUUUCCCCAAUCAAUAUGCUGGGCUUUGUCAUCUGCAUUUUCGGAAUCACGCUGCACGUUUUAUUGAAAACUAUGCAUUACCUUCCUUCAGUCCACCGGAGACCGGAAGAUUGACUUAGAAAGUGGCACUGGACCUUUCUUGUAUGGUUCAUUCCGUACAUGUCACUGUGAUCGUUAUUCCCAAACCCCGAAAUCGGCUUCCUAUUCGCCACUGUUUCUCCCAGUUUACCUACUUCCCGGAACUCUCCAUAUGAUCAGUCGGGGGAAACAUUGAUCGUUCAUUCCGAAGAUAUGUACUCGUAUUUUUCGUUAUUUCUCUUGUUUGUAUA